AAGCAUUUGCUUAUUCUUUCAUAAUCCCUUUGAAAAGUGUAAUCGAAACCAACUUUACAAAAUGGGUUCUUUAGGCACAACGAUGAAACCCCAUGCCGUGUGCAUUCCAUACCCAGCACAAGGCCACAUAAACCCAAUGCUGAAAUUAGCAAAGCUUCUUCAUUUCAAAGGCUUUCACAUCACUUUUGUUAACACGGUUUAUAACCACAAACGCCUUCUCAAAGCAAGAGGUCCUGAUUCCCUUAACGGCCUUCCCUCUUUUCGUUUUGAAACCAUCCCUGACGGUCUACCUGAAGUUGAUGUGGAUGCCACACAGGAUAUUCCCUCCUUGUGUGAGUCCACGAGACGAACAUGUUUACCUCACUUCAGGAACCUUCUUUCUAAACUCGGUAAUGACCCAGGUGUUCCUCCUGUGACUUGCAUAGUUUCUGACGGUGUCAUGAGCUUCACCCUUGAUGCUGCUCAAGAAUUGGGCAUCCCUGAGGUUUUGUUUUGGACCACUAGUGCAUGUGGCUUCAUGGGUUACGUACAAUAUAGACAACUCAUUGAAAAAGGCUUAACCCCCCUCAAAGACUCAAGUUAUAUCACGAAUGGGUAUUUGGAGACUACCAUCGAUUGGGUGCCAGGGAUCAAAGAAAUUCGAUUAAGGGAUAUUCCGAGCUUCAUCAGAACCACGGAUUCAGACGAUCUUAUGCUUGAUUUCUUGACGUUGGAGUGCAAGAGGGCUCAGAAUGCUUCUGCAAUCGUUUUGAACACGUUUGAUGCCUUAGAGCAUGACGUGUUGGAAGCGUUCUCUUCCCUUUUGCCUCCUGUUUAUUCGAUUGGUCCCUUGAAUUUGCUAUUGAAUGACGUCACUGAUGAGGGCUUGAAAGCAAUCGAGUCCAACCUUUGGAAGGAGGAGCCAGAGUGUUUGGAAUGGCUAGACACCAAAGAACCCAACACUGUGGUUUAUGUGAAUUUUGGGAGCAUCACUGUUAUGACAAGUGAACAGUUGAUUGAGUUUGCUUGGGGUCUAGCAAACAGCAACAAAAUCUUUCUGUGGGUUAUAAGACCGGAUCUUGUGGCUGGGGAAAACGCAGUUUUGCCUCCAGAGUUUGUGACAGAGACAAAAAACAGAGGACUUUUGUCAACUUGGUGUCCGCAAGAGGAGGUGUUAACACAUCCUUCAAUUGGAGGGUUUUUGACUCAUAGUGGUUGGAAUUCAACGUUGGAAAGUGUGUGUGGAGGUGUUCCAAUGAUAUGCUGGCCUUUCUUUGCGGAGCAACAAACUAAUUGCCGUUUCUGUUGUAAGGAAUGGGGAAUUGGGUUGGAGAUUGAAGAUGUCAAGAGGGACAGUGUUGAGAGGCUUGUGAGGGAGUUGAUGGAUGGUGAAAACGGUAAGAAGAUGAAAGAGAAGGCGUUGGAAUGGAAGAAGUUGGCCGCAGAUGCUGCUGCUGCUCCAAAUGGAUCUUCGUUUGUUAAUUUCGAGAACAUGAUUCGGGAUGUUUUCCUGGGAAAAAUUGUUUAACUACUCCUUUGUUGUAUGAACGUUAAUCUACGAACGAGCCAUUGGCUCACUAGCACAAUUUUAAAAAAAACUAUCAGACGGUUGAGGUUAUUG